UACAGUUUAUGAAUUAUUACAACACCAUUGUUUUGCUUUGGUAUUUGUGGUUAUAAAGGAAAAUGUGCUUGGUUUACACGUAAAUGAACAAAUUAACCAAUUGAUAAAUACAGUUGUGAAGAAUACAGGAGUUUUAGUUGAAGUUAUAUAACAUUUUAAUUUUUAACGUCUUAAAGAAGAAAAGUAUUUGAUGACAAUCUGGUUGCUGAAGAGAUGCUAUUCAAGAGCAAUGAUACAUCUGACACCCGUUAAACGUUCUAGCGUUCCUCAUGUGUUCUGUAGAUGUCUCAGUCAUGUAAGUGAUAUACCACUUAAGCUGGACAGUGUCAUUGAACCAAAGAAGGUUGAAUCAGUGAAGAAGGAUUCAAAGACUAUAGAAAUAACAAAAAAUGAAUACCCAGCACCAAGUUUUAAGAGUUCAUUUAGAGUCAUUGAUAAAGAUAGUCCUAGAUUUAAUGAUUUCAAUAUACAGAUGAUAUCUGAAGCUAUGUGCGAUCAUUUAUUUGGCAAUAAAAUAAAAGGUAAUUUUUGUAACCUACAAGAUUUGAAUAAAGUAAAGAUGGAAUUAAAAAAACAUGGUUUGAUGUCUAAUGUUAAAGAAGUACCAGAUAUAGAUUUAAAUUUACCAAAACUUGAAGGAGAAACAAUUGAAGAUCAUUUCUAUAAUAUUGGAGAAAACCAGUGUGCCUCAUAUCGAAAGCUCAUUAUGAAUUUAUUGGUGGAAUUACCUGUACUUCCUAAAGUAUGGGAAAUGAAAGAAGGGUGGACCAAAUAUACUAAUGAGGGCUCAUGCAGUGUAGAGUUUCCAGAAGAAGAUGCAUUAGUUUUUGAUGUUGAAGUAUGUUGUUCUGAGGGACAAAUGCCAACAUUGGCAACAGCUGUCAGUAGUAAAGCAUGGUAUGCUUGGGUAAGUUCUGACCUUAUUCGUGGUAGCCAGAGUGCUGCCAACAAUCAUUACACAUUGGAUCGUCUAAUCCCACUGGAGAGUAACAGUGAGGAUAAAGGAAUCCGUUUAAAGGAGAAAUGUAAGAAACCUCGAAUAGUUAUAGGUCAUAAUGUUAGUUAUGAUCGAGCUCGAGUUAAAGAACAGUACUGGAUAGAAAGAACUGGAUUGAGGUUUUUAGAUACAAUGUCACUUCAUAUUUCUGUGAGUGGUGUUACAAGUUAUCAGAAAAAUCUGCUUAAAGCAGGUCUAGGCCAAGAUGAUGAGUGGAGCAAGUUGAGUUCCUUGAAUAGUUUGAGUAAAGUGCACAAUUUGUAUUGUGGCUCUGAACUUUCCAAAGAAGAAAGGGAUCUUUUCGUCGAGGGAACACUUACAGAUAUCUCAAACAAUUUUCAGAGUUUAAUGACCUAUUGUGCAAAUGAUGUGAUUGCUACUCACAGAGUUCUCUGUAAACUUUUCCCAAUGUAUUUAUCAAGAUUUCCUCAUCCUGUAUCUCUAGCUGGUAUCUUAGAGUUAGGUUUAACUUAUUUGCCUGUAAAUUCAAAUUGGAAUCAGUAUAUCAAAGAUUGCGAUGAGACUUACAGUGACCUUGACGGUGAGGCAAAAUUGAUAUUAUCUCAACUGGCUGACCAUGCAUGCCAGUUGUUACAUAAUGAUGAAUAUAAAAAGAAUCUUUGGUUUUGGGACCAAGACUGGCAUAUUAGAAAUUUAGUAUUAAAAAAGAAGGUAACAAAAAAGGUAAAGAAUAAAAAUGAAAGUGAAAUGCCCACUGCCUCAGACAUCCAAACAGCUAAUGAUGAUACUCAAGAUGAAAACCCUGAAUAUAAACAGUUACAAAAUAAAUUUAAAGAUUUGAUAGAAAUGAAGAGUUUACUGCCAGUAAGGACUCCCCAUCUUCCAGGAUAUCCAGCCUGGUAUACUAAGUUGUGUCCAAAGCUGUCAUCCAUGGAUUGGGCAGCAGGUCCUCAGUUAAUAAGCACAGGAAUGCAGAUAGCUCCAAAAUUGCUUUCGUUGACUUGGCAAUCAAUGCCUUUGCAUUAUGUUCAAGGACAUGGAUGGGGUAUGCUAGUGCCUUUUAAAACAGAUAUAGAGUUAGAUAACUCUGAAGAUGUUCCACUCGAACAAUUAGUUCUUCACUGUCAAAAUAUACAGAGUGAUCUAUUGUGUAACUGUUCAAAAGUUCUUGACCGUAGUAACUCAGUUAAUGUAAAAUUUGCUUGUAAUAAAAAAAAUACUGAAAAUAGAUCUGGAGAAAAUGGAAGUACUGUAUUUUGCAGGUCAGAAAUGGGAUCUGCAUGUGGUCUCAUUAAACUGCCCCAUAAAGAUGAUGAAAAUGUCUUCAUCCACCAAGAGAAAACAUGUGUAUGCUGAGCUGCAGCAAUCUGUGCUCCAGGUGCCGAGUGAAGGACAAGAGAUUGUGCGUGUUAAAGCAGGUCGGGGCAAUAAUCUUCAUGAUGUAGAGAGUGCCACUGGUGAUGUCUUCCUUGUUUCUAUGCCCAGUAAGUUCCGCAAAAAC